AUGUCCCGGCCGCCCGUGAUUGGAUUACUCGGCGGCGGCCAGCUGGGCCGGAUGCUGUGCGAGGCCGCCGGACCGCUGGGCUACCACGUCGCCGUGCUGGACGAGGACGGGUGCCCGGCCAAGCAGGUCAACGGCAGCGACAAGCAUGUGUGCGGGUCCUUCAAGGACGCCGCCAAGGUGCGGGAGCUGGCGGCGCGGUGCGACGUGUUGACCGUCGAGAUCGAGCACGUCAACGCCGACGUGCUCGAGGACAUUGCCGUCCGCGGCGUGCCCUCCGCCUCGGGCGAGCUGAGAAAGGUGCCCGUACACCCGUCGUGGCGCACGCUGCGGCUCGUCCAGGACAAGUACGAGCAAAAGGAGCACCUUCGGGCAAACGGCAUCCCCGUGGCGUCGCAGAUGGCCCUCGACGGCGGCGAGCUCCUGGCCGUCUCGCUCGGGCACGCCUACCACCGCCUAGCCUUUCCCUUCAUGGUCAAGGCGCGCAAGGGCUCCUACGAUGGCCGCGGCAACUUCAAGGUCAGCGGGCCCGACGACUUUGAGGCCGCCAUUGACGCCCUCGGCGCCCUGCCGCUCUACGCCGAGAAAUGGGUCCCGUUCGCCAUGGAGCUGGCCGUCAUGGUGAUCCGCACAGAGGACGACGAUGGGGAGUGCACGGGCGUCUACUCGUACCCGGCGGUCGAGACUGUCCACGAGGACGAUGUCUGUAAGACGGUCCUGAUGCCUCCGCGCAAGGUGGACGCUGCCGUUUGCGACAAUGCCCAGCGCGUUGCCGAGCAGGUUGUCCGGAGCCUGUGGGGGAGGGGCGUCUUUGCCGUCGAGAUGUUUCUGCUGCAAGACGGAACCAUCAUGGUCAACGAGGUCGCGCCACGGCCACACAAUUCGGGCCACUACACCAUCGAGGCGGUGCCGUACAUGUCGCAGUACAAGGCGCAGCUCUGCGCCAUUCUCGACAUUGUGCCCAAGUCGCUGCGCCUGACGCCGCGGGUUGCCCAGGCCGCCAUGGCCAACAUCCUGGGCGGCGCGAACCCGGACUCGCACGACAAGCUGGUCGGCUUGGCCGAGACCGAGUAUAUUGACGGCACCGACAUCUACCUGCACCUCUACGGCAAGGCGUCCAAGCCCGGCCGCAAGAUUGGCCACAUUACCUUUACCACGCCGUCUCCGGACGUCGACCUGCUUCGCACCAUUGGCCCUUUUAUCAACCAGAUCGACGCCAUCAGGCAGCAGCGCCUCGACGCGUCGGCCAAGCAGCUGCGCCCCGAGGCAGCGGGCGCGUCGGCGUCGGCGGACGUCACGCAGACGAUUACCAAGGCGGCCCCCUCGGGCGGCAAGAGCUCGCGCGACGCCAAGUCGCCCCUCGUGGUGGUGACCAUGGGCUCCGACUCGGACCUAUCGGUGCUGUCAGCCGGCCUCGACGUGCUGGAGCGCUUCGGCGUGCCGUACGACUGUACCAUCACGUCGGCGCACCGCACCCCGGCGCGCAUGGCGGAGCUGGGCCGGGCGGCCGCGGCGCGCGGCGUCAGGGUGCUCAUCGCGGCGGCCGGCGGCGCGGCGCACUUGCCGGGCAUGCUGGCGUCGGAGACGACGGUGCCCGUCAUCGGCGUUCCCGUCAAGGCGACCCAUCUCGACGGCAACGACAGCCUGUUGAGCAUUGUGCAGAUGCCGAGGGGCAUCCCCGUGGCCACGGUCGGCAUCAACAACUCGACAAACGCCGCCCUGCUGGCCGUCCGCAUCCUCGGCUCCCACUACCCCGAGUACCGCGACCGCAUGGCUGCGUACAUGGAGGGCAUGCGGACCGAGGUCGAGGCCAAGGCCGCGCGGCUCGAGGACGUCGGGUACCAGGCGUACCUGGCCGGGGGGAAGACGGCGUGA